AACGCGUCGAACACUUCUUCGAGUGAGCAGUUUGGCUCUUUUGAAGAGGGGCUGGACGAGCAUUUCUGACGGUUGGUGGUUGCAUGUGGCAGCCAACCGGAAGUCUGCUGCCCGCUUCGACUUGCAGAAGAGUGACGCCAGCAACGCGACCGUCCCAGUCUCCUUCCACUUUCGACGACAAGGCGACUUUUACUCUGCUCCUCCGCGUCGAGACGAGAACGAUCUUCGGCCAGAAUCGAAACUAGCCAAAUGGUAUGUCAUGAUGCGUUGGUGGAACGCUUCAACUGGAGCUAUACAAUUCGUGAUGAACUCGGCCCUACCGCUUUGCGUCGACGGCGUUAUUGGAUCAUUCUUGCUGAGACCAUUUCCGAAGCAAUGA